GGGGAAGUCCCUGACAGCCAAUCCUAACACGACUUUCAUCAUCUCGUAGAACCGCUGCUUUGGCUGGAGCUGGAGCUGGAGCUGCCCUGACCUGCUGCCAGUCACCCAGGAGGCAGUUUCCAAUGGAAGCUGAAUAAAACGGUGCAUGAAGCUGGGGCAUACACCAUGUCAUCAUGUGUGUCCAAGAGGACUUCUUCUGAGAGGUCCAUGCGACCAGAUGACCAUGACUGCACUAACCAGCCUCACAUAGUCUGUAGCUUUUCCACUUUGAGCAUUGACAUAGGCAUGGAAUCUGUUAUUGUGGUUACAGAGUAUGAUCCUAGUAUUUCUGAGCAAGAGCAUGGCCAAAAUGGACAAAUGGGAAGUCAGGAAGGGGAAGGCAAAGAAGAACCUGACAUUCAUCGACUUACAGAAAGUGGGUGUAUGGUGGAUGACCGUAAAGAGCUUCCAAAUGAUGUCAAAGAUCCAAGAGCAAAGCUCAACAUGACCAAUAGGAAACUAUCACUUCAAGAACGUUCUACAUCUGCUCAGUCCCCGAGCAACAACCUAGACAUGAAUGGAGGUUAUAUUCACCCAUCUCUCCCCUAUUCCCCUGUCACAUCACCACAGUCUUCUCCACGCUUGCCACGGAGACCCACAGUAGAAUCUCACCGGGUUUCUAUUACAGGUUUUCAGGACUGUGUCCAGCUGAACCAGUACAAGCUGAAAGAUGAAAUUGGAAAGGGCUCCUAUGGAGUGGUGAAACUAGCAUACAAUGAGGACGAUAAUAUGUACUAUGCAAUGAAGGUUCUUUCAAAGAAGAAACUAAUGAGACAAGCAGGAUUUCCACGUCGCCCCCCUCCCAGAGGUGCAAAGGCAGCUACAGAUGGUGGUACUCAGGCUAUGGGUCCAAUUGAAAGGGUCUACCAGGAGAUAGCUAUUCUGAAGAAACUAGACCAUCCAAAUGUGGUUAAGCUGAUUGAGGUGCUGGAUGACCCCAGCGAGGAUCAUCUAUAUAUGGUGUUUGAACUGGUGAAGAGAGGUCCUGUGAUGGAUGUACCAACAAGCAAACCAUUAACAGAAGAUCAAGGCCGUUUCUAUUUCCAUGAUCUGAUUAAAGGGAUUGAGUACUUGCAUUAUCAGAAGAUUAUUCAUCGCGAUAUCAAGCCAUCAAACCUCCUACUCGGUGAAGAUGGCCACAUUAAGAUCGCAGACUUUGGAGUCAGUAACCAGUUUGAAGGGACUGAUGCGUUUCUAUCAAAUACUGUGGGUACACCAGCUUUCAUGGCUCCCGAGACCCUAUCUGAGACACGCAAAAUAUUCUCCGGGAAGGCCCUGGAUGUUUGGGCAAUGGGAGUCACCUUGUACUGUUUCGUGUUUGGCCAGUGUCCUUUUAUGGAUGAGAGGAUUUUAUUGCUUCAUAAUAAAAUAAAGAAUCAGCCAUUGGAAUUCCCUGACCAGCCAGAGAUCACUGAAGAUUUGAAGGACCUGAUUUUACGGAUGUUGGACAAGAGUCCAGAAGCUAGAAUUUCGGUUCCUGAAAUAAAGCUGCACCCUUGGGUGACCAAACAUGGGUCAGAGCCCUUGCCAACAGAGGAUGAGAAUUGCACUCUUGUGGAAGUUACUGAGGAAGAAGUGGAGAAUUCGGUCAAGCACGUCCCUAGUUUGGCCACAGUGAUUUUGGUGAAGACAAUGCUUCGAAAGCGCUCUUUCGGCAACCCGUUUGAUGGGAGCAGAAAAGAGGAGCGAUCCAUGUCCUCCCCGGGAAAUUUACUCACAAAACACAAAUCAGGAAACAUGCGCAGUAGCUGCAGUUAUAGCAGCAAAAGAAUACAAGGCAGCGAGGAAAGCCUGAGGGAGAGCGACUUGCAAGAUGUUGGAGAGGAUGAGGUCCUGUCUUGAAUGAAAUAUAGAGCUUGUAUCUUCAUCAUACAGGACAUGUUGUAUGGGAAGAGAAAUCUGUUGGUGACACCCUGUGUCUACACUGUGCAUGCCUCUACUGUGCAGUACAGUACUUGUUGCCGCAUGCGCUAAAGAUCAUACUUUCCUGCAUUGGGGUAUAAAAUCCAUUGAGUGUAUUGAAUACUUUGCUUUGCUAUGGGCUUGCUCUUCCAGUGGACGGAUGGAAGCUAAUCCAGAGAA